AGCAUCGUGCAGCACGUUUGGAGAUUCAUGCCGAUCGUUUUUGGGUCAUUUGGUUGUUUGCAGAAGUGCCUGAUGCAGUGGCACAUGGUCGCUCAUCACUGCAAGAUGCUGUAGUUUCCAGUAGUAUGAUCUUCAUCUUUUGUCCCAGCUAAAAACGCAUCGCUUGUUACGAUGCGACAAGCAGCGGGCCGCCACCACCUAGAUUUUCUGGUGUUGCUGAAAGGCACACGAGUAAUGGUUAUGAUUUUGGUCAUCCUAGUGACUACCGCGGUUCGAUGUGCAGCUACCAAGCAGCUGGUCGAAGACGAAGCGGCUUACCAGCGAGAAAAUUUUGAACACAAGGCGAAGGAACUCGAGGAUUACACCGGAAUCGGUUCAGGACGAGCCGCCUUGCCGGGGAUUUUGUCGAAGCCCAACAGCAACAAGCAGAAGCAGCUCCACCUUGCGGAUAGUGCGGAAGCACAACACAGUCACAGUGCUCACAGCGCGUCUAACGAAGGUCUGGAGGAAGCAGAUCGUGCCUAUGGCUCCAACGCGGAGGACAGCAGUACCAGCAGCGAAGCCCCACCAACCUCGUUUGUCAACCGCGAAGGAAAACGUGAAAGCCAAGGCGAAGGGCGCGAGCGCGGUAGUAGAAGGAGACGGCGGCGAAGAAGGGUAUGAUAGUGUCAGCUAGGGAGGUGGAAUCGACCAUCAAGUGCAUUUUAAUAUUGAUGGCAAAAUGUUAAUCGCUUUCGCUCUUCGCGCAUGUUCGUAGCACGGAGAGUGUCUGAGCUUUCCGUGGUACAUUUGAAUUUUCUCAAUGUCGACUUUUUGGCAAACUUGGCUUCCCGCCUGACGCUCACAUACGCUAGGGGAAGUAGCGGGGACGGGGACAGCUACGAGGAGGUGACCAAAGCGACGAGGGACCAAUACGGCAACUCGGCCACUGUGAAUGCCAGAGGCGACGUGGACGCAGACGGUGUGAGGUUGAACAUGAUACGACGCAUGAAUUUCUUCGUUUUGCGUACAUUUCUGGCCGGCCUCGAACAUCUCGAUCUCGAUCAGAAUGAUGCAUAAGCAACGUCGAUCUCCAUCUCGCUGACAAUGAAGAUCAAAUUAAUCAAAGCGUGCAACUAACGAGACAGGAAAGUGCUCAGCACUUGCAUAGUGGAAAGCCAAAGCUUAAGGUGUAGUUUUUGAAUAGAUUCAGACGAAGUUGAUGAGACUGACAGUGGGGCUUGGUAGAACAAAUAUAAGAUCCUGGAGAUGAGGACGAGCAUCAAGUACAACGCGUCAAAAUUUGACGAAAUUGCAUAAGGGCAAGGGGGUGGUACCGGGUCCGUCGGGAAUUCCGCCCAGCAGGAGGACGACGGCGAAUUUACAACUACGAAUAAGGUAAAGGUCAAGCUAAGAAUCGGCAGCAACGACAAUGCGCGCGUCCGUGUCAGAAGCACAACCUCCAUUCCAGCAGCGACCACCGAGGACGACCCAGGUGGACCGUAUGAAGCACCGAGACUACACCGCUAAAAUGAAGCGUAAAAAUGAAGUAUCUGGAGGUCGUAUGAAAAAUGUGAAGGAAAGAAGUAGCCACAGUUUUUACACGUGCAAACUACACAGGCAGGAUCAAUUAGAUGCCACCAUUUAAGUAUCGACACCACAAUCAGGAGAUGAAAAAAAGCUAUCCAGUGGCAGUGCCAUCGAAGGCAGCACGCGGGCUCGGC